AUGGAUUGGAACUCUCUCGUCCGCUCUUCUGCAGGACUUGUUGCCUCUAUUACAAAAUUUGAAAGAAUAUUUUUCAUCUCGACGAUUAUUCCAAAAAUUUUAACCCCACCUUUGUCCCAUCGGAGUAGCGCCGCCGUACUGCAGUUCAUCACAUCUGAUCCCGUCCACGGACCUGCGCUGAAGGCUGCAGAGGGAGCAGCUAACUUUGCUUAUGUAGGUGCUGCUGUUGGAGCGAUUACAACUGGUGGAAAUGCUUGGAGGUGGUCAAAGAGUCCUCACGGUACUGUGUUGUCUUUUGCUUUUGGAGCAGUAGUCGGGUUCACCUUGGGAGCUGAGGCUGCUAACCACUGGUACCAGUUAUAUAGGCUGGAUACAGUAGGAGCACAUGUUAAAUUCAAUGAGUGGUUGCAGAAGAGAACCUGAGGAGAGUUGUUAAUAUGGCCCGUUGAAACACCAAAUGGAGUGCCCGUUGCAGUAAUAAUGAGAUUUGUGUCUCUAUCUCUCUUGUUUGUUCUUUGUUUUUGCAUGUAGGACUAAUGUGCUGGUUCUCCUAGAGAUUGAAUGAUUUUUAAAGAGUGUUUAUUGUUUUAGUUCCCUGGGUUUUCUGUGUUCUGAGCUUUUAAAUUCUGAUGAUAAAUGUAUCAUGUCUUACCUUUGGAUAGAAUGUAAAUACUCUCUAGUCUUCUUUUAACA